AUGGCAAGUGCCUUCGCCCCAACCAUCGGUAUUACGUCCUCUCCCGCGGUGGCGGUGGUGGAGGCCUCACUCUUUGGGCGCUCGGCUCGAAGAAAGACGAGUGGUGGAUGCUCUCUGCUGGCAAUGGUCCAAGAGGGCUCUAAGGUCGAUUCCAGCCUCCCGGUGAUCUUCUUGCCGGUGUCAGACGGCACCGAGUUUGUCAAUACAUCCACGAACCUCAACGUUCAGUUCAUCACAGAAACUAUCUGUUUGAAGUCAACCAUUUGGCAGGUCAACAACGCGUCAGAACCGCAGUAUCUUAUUUUCGGGAGGCGCAAAAGGGAGCCCGGGAGUUACUUUAAACUCGAGGAGUACAGUGGAGGAGACUACAAGUUUAUCCAUUACCUGACUAACCGUGAUGUGGGGCUUUUCCUAGAUGGAGGGAAGAGAUGA